UUUUUUUUCCUUUUUUGUCUCGUUUUUUCCUGUUUUGUCUUGUUUUUCUCGACCGACUUGGGUCGGGGAAGCGGAGAAGGCGGUCGGUCACCGAUGAAGGGAGAUCUCCCCUAGGUAGAUGGAGGCAGCAAUCGGUGUGAAGACAGUCGCCGCCUGUUUUCCGGAUUGCGAAGUCAAGCCACGGUCAUAUCCGGGUUGUGAUCCGGAGAUGGCGUGGAGUGUCGUCGCCUCGAGUCCUCCUUCGGUGGUGGUUAGCCAAGCCGCGGUGAAGCAGAGAAGAGUAGGUUGGCGCCCAACCAGCCACAGGUCAGGCGGUCGGAAGCAGGGGCGCGCACCAAAGACAGGUAGGAAGAUCAAGGCGAAAGCGACGGGCGAAUCGCGGGGCGCAACAAGGGCGAUCAAGGACAACAACAACAACAACAAAAAGCAAGAAGAGGGAAAACGAAAACAGAGGGAGGAGGAAAAGAAAAGAGGGACGGAUUUGGAUUGGUUUGGGUGGAGGGUGGGCCGAGAUCCCGUCCCAGCGGAGUGGCUUGCGAACAACAACAACAAUAACAAUGACAACAACAACAACAACAGCAAGACCACAACCCCAACACAAAACGCGUUUGGAUCGGGGCCUAGUGGGUUUGACAAUUGAGCUGGCGGAGGAUCGGUGUGAGAGGUGGGAGAGACUAACGUAAUCAAUGCGGUACGCGCGACCAGGAUGCAGGGGACCAACCAGGGCAGAGAGCUCCGGGGAGGGAUCUGGUGGCGGUAUUUGGAUCUGUCCAGAAACGCACAGUCGGGUCCCGAGAGAGCUGGAGAUGAUCUGGUUGCAGCGGUGGUGGGAGCGUCGAGGGGAGGCGC